AAGAUUGUUGCUUUCCAACACUGUCAACCGCGCAAAUUGAUGUUUUUUUGUUUUUAUUUUUGUUUAUCAUCAAACAACCGGCGGUAUGAACUAUUUUCCCAACUACUACUCCAUAGAGGACAUUUUUGUAACACAGGAGAAGGUAGAAUGCCGGGUAAACACUAAACUUCAACGUAUGGGCUUCCUCGACUCCGGUGCCGACUCCGAUGACCUGGAACCGAACCGUACGGUCAACCUGCCCCUCUGGUACAUAAAAGAACUGAAAGUGAACAAUGCCUACUUCACUGUGUCCAUACCGGAGAUCUACAGAAACGUACACAAGGCCGUUUGCGAGGCGGAGACCACUCACAUCGAGCUGGGUCGCCUGCAUCCGUACUUCUACGAGUUCGGGCGGUAUCUGACGCCCUACGACCGCAACCAUGUGGUGGGACGCAUCAUCUUUGAGACACUGCGCCAGCGGGUGCGUCACCUGCUCGACAUCUCCAAGAGCGACAGCAACCAGGCCAAGUCCGAACACCGUUUGGACAACAUCGAAGCCAAGCUGCACGAGGCGGGAGUGCGCACCAAUAGCCAGUAUAUCGACUGGCUGCAGAUGACGGGCAAUAAGAUACGCACCUCGCAGUUGGUGGAGGAGCACCAGAAGAAGCGCCGGCGGGCGGAUCGCAGUGACGACGAAGGCGACAGCCUGCCCAGCAGUAAGCGAGCCACCCUGUAAACACCACCACUGAGGCAACCCUGAUAAUAAUUCGUUGGGGAAACUGUAGCAACUUUAUUUCAACCCGUGGGGCGGUGGCGCCACUCCAAAAAUACACUCAUCUACAUGCGUUCUAUAUAGUUCGAAAUACAUACGCGCCGGCAUAAUUCUAAAUAUCGUAUUCUGUGUGUAAACAGUUUGGUAUAUAAGUUGUGGGUUAAGUUUGUAAAUACACAUAACUAAGCAUCCUUAAACUAA